AUGGGCGUCUCUGAAGGCGACGUCCGCUCUCAGCUCCAGUCUUUAGAGCCAGAACACUUAGAAAUUAAGGACUUCUCUGACGGUUGCGGUUUGAAGUUCGAUGUCCUGAUUGUCUCGAAUCACUUUGAGGGCAAACCACUGCUCCAACGGCACAGGUACAUAUGCUGUUUUACUCAACACUCUGUAGGCUUGUCAAUGGGCUGCUUAAGAAGGAAUUGGAAUCGAUUCAUGCCUUGACCCUAAACACACUCACCAAAACAGAGUGGGAAAAAAGACAGAGCUCUGACAGUUGA